AUGAUAUAUUGUGACAUCCAAGUAUUACUAAAUAAUGGAGUGACUUGGACUUCUUCGCAAAUCAAAUCAGCGUGUCCUCCGAAAAAGAAAAAAGACAAAGAAGAAUCAUCUUUGGAUGAAGAUAAAAAUGACACAGAUUCCACAAUUCCAAAAAAAUCACCAUAUGUAGCUCCUAGUCAAAUCUGUCCAACUAUUAAACCUUGUUGUUAUAUUAAAAUGCAGGAUCCUUGUAGACCGUGUUGCUGUGAGACAAAAUUAAAGCCACUACCUUGUCCACCAAAACGCGGAUUUCAAGAACCACGUGAAUCAGUGUGUGGUUGUGAACUCUGUCAGAAAAAUCCAGAUAACGCGAAGUGUUGCGACAAGAGUAGAGCUUUUCGUGACUUAACCAUUGAUCGUGAUUAUUUUGAAAAGGCAUAA